AUGUCUGUCGAUACAACGACCGCUCCUCAGGCCGCCGCAGGUUCAACAAGCGCUGCGGUUCCUGCUGAUUCGGCACAAACCGCACAAAAACCCGGCAUGCGUGUCAAUGGCAAGAACUGGCAUGCUCCAAAGAAGCCGUUCCGUCCAACGGCAGGCCAGACAUCCUACGCCAAAAGAAAAGAACAAGACGAGAUCAAAAGGGCGAUAAAAGCGAAAGAACAAGAACUGAAAGACGAGCAGGAGCAAGAACGGGCCCACCGAAUACAGGUCAUCAGAGAUCGGAGAAAGGCCAAGGAAGAAAAGGAACGGUACGAAAAGAUGGCCGAGAAGAUGCACAAGAAAUUGGUGGAGAGGAGGAAGCGGAGAGAGAAAAGGAACAAAUUGCUCAAAAGUUGA